AUGAACGCCAUUAGCACCAGUUCCACUGUACUCGAGAAGCUUGGGGCAUGUUGUCUCGCUUUAUCAUCCGUGUUGGGCAACAAAGUGUCCUUCCCCGGCACCACCACUUACAAUUCCUCUCUCAGCUCGUACUUCUCGCAGCAAAAUUCCGAUCUUCAUCCCAAAUGCAUCGUCUCCCCAACAAGUGCAGAAGAUGUCUCCAUCGCUAUCAGAACUCUAACUUCGACUCCGGAUGUUCUUGACAACUAUGGCGGACCCCACUGCCACUUUGCUGUCCGCUCCGGCGGCCACGCCAGCAUCGGCGGCGUAUCAAACAUCGCUGAUGGGAUCACAAUCGACCUGCGCGGUCUUAAUAGCAUUAACAUCAACAGUGACCAUACCGCAGUCUCGGUUGGUGUCGGUGCUACCUGGGGAGAAGUAUACGCUUACCUCGACCCAUUAGGUCUAUCUGCGGCCGGCGGACGAGCCGCACAAGUCGGGGUAGGAGGGCUCACAACAGGAGGUGGGAUAUCAUACCUCUCGCCGCGGUACGGAUGGACUUGCGACACGGUCUCGCAGUUCGAAGUCGUCCUAGCGAACGGAUCGGUGGUGGAAGUCAACGAGAAGACUAAUUCCAAUCUCUUGCAGGCGCUGCGAGGCGGAAGCAGUAAUUUCGGCAUUGUGACGAGAGUUGACUUAGGCGCAUUCAAACAAGGUCGUAUCUGGGGUGGAAGCGUCUACUACGCGCUGGACACAGCGGAGGAGCAGAUUAGGGCUUUUGCGCAGUUGAAUUCCGCGGAGGAGUAUGAUGAGUAUGCGUCCCUGAUUACGAGCUUUGGGUAUUCAGGGGGCCAGGGUUCCGCAGUGGUCAAUAGUAUUGUGUAUACCAAGGAAGAGGAGCGUCCGGCUGUCUAUGAGCCGUUCUUCAAGAUGCCGUCGCUGGCCAGCACGAUGAGGAUUGCGGAGAUGCAUGAGAUCUCCAUGGAGCAGGGAUCGUUCUCGCCAGACGGGAAGCGGCAACUAAGUGUGGUGACGACGCUUGUCUCGAGUAUUGCCGCGUUGAAUGCGACUUAUAUGCGGUGGAAUGAGAGCCUGGCCCCAAUUCGAGACGUUCCUGGCAUUGUGUGGUCGGUAUCGCUGGAGCCUCUGCCACCAGCUAUUUACGCUCGUGCUGCCUCAAAGAAUGCGAUGGGAUUGACAGGAAGGACUGACGCACUGGUUGUUACGCUGCUUAGUGCUUCUUGGGACAACGCGGCGGACGAUGCCAGAGUUGAGGAAACUGCGCGUGCGUUGUUUGAUGGAAUUGAAGAUGAUGCGCGCAGACUGGGCGACUACGAUCCGUUCUUAUACUUGAACUAUGCGGCCGAGUGGCAGGACCCUAUCGCUAGUUAUGGAAAGGACAGUGUUCACAAGCUGAAGCGAGUGCGGUGGGAAGUUGAUCGUCGGGGUGUCUUUCAAUACAAUAUGCCUGGGGGCUUCAAGAUUCCAGGUUGA